AUGAAAUAUUUUUAUUUCAUUUUAUUAAAUUGUUUAUUAAUAAUUUUAAAUAAAAUUAAUUGUUUAUCGAUUGAUAAAAUUAUUGAACAUGAAUGUCCUAGAAUAAUGAGUCGGCAGGAGUGGAACGCUAGGAACGUAAGUGGACACGAGUUAUUAUGGACGCGGCCUACGCCAUACAUCGUCAUACAUCACGGCGGAAUACUUCACUACUGUUACGACAUAAAAGAAUGUUCAUUAAUAGUUAAAUCCUAUCAAGAUUUACAUAUCGAUACCAAUAAGUGGAUUGACAUCGGCUACAAUUUCGUAAUCGGGGAAGAUGGGAACAUUUACGAGGCUCGCGGUUGGGAUUACAUUGGCGCCCAUGCGCCCGGUUUUAAUACUCAAAGUAUUGGGAUUUCAAUAAUUGGAGAUUUUUCACAUUUUCAGCCAAAUAAAAAUGCAUUAAAAGCAUUAGAUAAUUUGAUAGCAUGUGGAGUAUUACUUAACAAAAUAAGUCCAAAUUACCAAGUAAUUGGUCAUCGUCAAAGUCGAGUUACUGCUUGUCCAGGUGAAGUUUUUUAUUCUUACGUAAAAUCAAUGCCAAGAUGGACAUCUACUCCGGUACCUGUUUAUAACAAUAAUUCUAGUCUUAUCGACAAAGUCGACAGUGAUAAAAAAAAUUAAAGAAUAUUUACGUCAACU